AUGGCAAAGGUACCAACGACACCAACAAUUCUGCCGGAAUUUCACGGCGAAACGGACGACUGGAACGUGUACCGGGAGAUUCUGGACGAGUUCUACCGGGCGAACGGUAUCACCGGGGAUGAUCGCGUACCGGUGCUGAUCAGUGUGAUUGGCAAGGCGACGUACGGGACGCUGCGAAGUCUGUGCCACCCGACCGCACCGAAGGACAUGCCGUACGAGGAGCUGUGCGCUGUGCUGGCCCGCCAGUACAUUCCGGAGAUUGCGAUCUUUCGCCAUCGGGCCCUGUUCUAUCGGGCGGAGCAGCAGCGUGGUGAAGGUGUGAAGGAGUGGUACGCCCGACUCAAGGCCUUGUCGAUGGAGUGCCAGUUUGAUGGGGGCCUGCUGGAGCCCCUGCUGAUAGACCGGUUUGUGGUGGGCUUGGCCCCGGGACCGGUACAGAGCCGCCUGUUCGAGGAGCAGCCGGAGCAGCUGCGUAGCAUCGACAGGGCGGUCUCGCUGGCCGCUGGCAAGGAGGCGGAACUGCUGCAACAGCAACAUGGCGGUGACGAGAUAGCGUACGAGCUGGCAGGGCUGACGAUUGGCGAGGGUGGUGAGAUGCGGCACGGUAGACGCCAUCGACGGCACGGAAAGCACGAGCAUCGUGCAUUUGGACGGGAGUACGGUCGGCAUGGCCAUCAUCAUCAUCAUCGACACGGUGGCCACCAUCCGCAUCCACAUCAUCUUUCGGAUCAUGAGGCAGGCCACAAGCAUCAUGGACACCACGGACAUCAUGGACAUCCAAUGCACCCGGGACGUCACUUUGGCCGGCCUCCCUAUGGCCCUGGCCCCAUGAACGUUCAUCCGUUUGGCGGUGCAAUGACACGGCGCCAUCACUUUGGACCGGGUAGUGGUGGACCGUUCGGCGGCUAUCCCGGAAUGAUGGAGCACUUUGGGCACCGGUUUGGGCGUCAUGCGAGAGGAAAGGGAUGUCAUCAUCGUCGCCGAAGCUCGUCCUCAAGCAGUAGCAGCAGCAGCAGCAGCAGCAGUAGCAGCGGCAGCAGCAGUGAUUCCAGCAAAAGCUCAUCCAGCUCAUCUUCCGGCGCAGAAGUGGAAGUUCCGAAUGAUAAGAAGAUUGAGAAGCAGCUGAAGAAAAUCCGCAAGCAGUGCAACAAGAUGGACAAGCGUGCAAAGAGAUAUCCUUUCGGCAAGCGACACGGCCCCGGACGUCAUCAUCACCACCACCAUCGUCACGAUCACGAUGAGAGCAACAAGGAGGAACGCUGUGGCAAGAAGGGUCGUUGUCGUCGGAACCGCAAGCAGGCGGAGGAAGAACCAACAGCGCCCGAGCAUCCGGAACAAGUGUCGCCCACAGAUCCUACGACGGAACCGGAACUGAUCGAGUGAGGAACAGGAUCAGUGCAGCAAAUUCUAUUCUAUGCUUACAUCACAAUAAUCUCAACAUUACACCGGUGUAAUUACUAAUGGGUUAUUAUUACUAAUCGAGCCAUCCACCAAAAACAGAUAAAAAUGAAAAUGGUACAUGUAUAAGCCAACAACAAAAAAACACAAAUAAAAGAAAAGGAUGGCAAAUAAAGAAAAGAAGAAAAAAAACAAAAAAAAAAACAUGUCAAAACACUAAAA